CAAAGGCAUCGAUUAGAAGUUCGCUGAGAUGUUGUGAUGGUAAGUGGACUAACUAAGGAAAAGCGUGAUAGUGCGCUUCGCCCAGUAAUGAUUUUGUGAAACAAGAUUAGUCUAAAGUCCUCCCUUGCGAUGGUCUCUGGUCCAUACGUAUUAACACCCUUUGACUUUUUGACGUUUUUUUAUAAAUCUAAGUACAUUUAAUAUAAUUGAAAAAUUUUAAUAAAAAUAUAUUUAAAUAUUUUAUUAAAACCCCUUGACUGUUAAGUUUAUUUUCUUCGUUCCUUGAUCCGUUACUCUUGUUUGUUUUUGUUCUCUUUCUAAUUAACAAACUGAUAUUUACCUUGUUUGACUUUUUUCCUUCCUAUUACACAAUUUCAAGAACGAGCGACAUAGUCUAUAGGAAACAUCAGAGUCAGUAGAGUGAGCUCCAAUAGGUGCAGGAUAUUAGAGCCGACCCAUGGCAUACAGGGAAAACAGAGUUAAGGAACUAUAGUCUGCAUUUUUUUCCAUAAAAAUUACUCUGACGAGUAUACUCGUCGUUAACAGUCAAGUGGUUUUAAAUAUAUUUUAAUAUAAAAAAAAAAAUAAAUAAAAAAAUAAUAAAAAGAAAAAUUCUUCAGUUAUAUUAAAUAUACUUAGUCUACACCUGUACACUAUUCAACUAUGUCAAAAAAUAUCGGUGUAUUGCUAUUGUUCCUAGUUCUUGUCAGCAUCAUCUUUUUCUUUCAGAAAGUUAUUAUUUAUUUUGUUUACAUGACUAAAAACGAGGAAAAUUCAAAUUUGAGUUUUGUUAUUCGUCGGUCAAUUGUGGUACGUUUCUUCAUCACUAGAUACCUGCCCUCUCUACAUAAACUCCUUUUCAGGCAGGCUCUUUAGCUGGUUGUGUUGUGGAUUUAUCUCUGUAUCCAAUUGAUACAAUAAAAACACGUUUACAAUCGAAUCUGAGAAGAACGGGACAAGAUACCAAAAUCUUGAAAUCUCUUUAUGCUGGAGUAGGAUCUGUAAUUAUUGGCAGUGCACCAUCAUCUGCCCUAUUCUUUACUUCCUACGAUUUAUGCAAACGGCAAUUAAAUCCAUUAUUUGAUGAAAAAUAUUUAUUUCAGCUACACAUGCUAGCUGCUACAGUUGGUGAAAUCACCGCUUGUUUGAUUCGCGUUCCAGUUGAAGUUGUCAAACAACGAGCACAAGUUAAUAGUGGCUUACAACUAAUAAAUAUAGCCAGAACGACAAUAUCUAAUGAAGGUAUUGGUGGACUUUAUCGUGGUUAUAUAGCAACUGUUGCAAGAGAAAUUCCAUUUUCAAUGCUUCAAUUUCCAUUAUGGGAAUAUUUCAAGAGAGUAUGGCGUAAAAGACAAGUAAAAGAGCUUGAACCGUGGAAAGGAGCUGUAUGCGGUUCGUUAGCAGGUGGCAUAUCUGCCUGUAUAACAACACCACUCGAUGUAGCGAAAACAAGAAUUAUGUUAGCGAAUCGAGAACAUGUUGAUGCUAAAAGUAAUUCAUUAUCAGUAAUCUCGAACAUAGCAAAACAAGAAGGAUUUCUCAGUAAGAUAACACGUAAAUUCUCAAUAUCGCAGAUGAUUCUACUAUUCACGAAAGUAUUUGUUUUAUGUUCUUAUUUAUUUACAAAUGUUGAACUACGAAGAAUAGAUGAAAGUAGUGAAGAUAUUACUAGCGAAGAAGAAAAUGAUAAUCAACAUUUCAAUGAUAUUGUUUCUCGAUCCCUUUAUUAUGUUUUACCAAGUGAUCCGCUAACACUGAAUCAAAUACAGCUUGGACAAGUAUCCGGUUUAGCGGCAUGUGUUAAAAAUUCAAAUCAAUUGAUUGUAUUUCAACGUGGUUCUAGAGAAUGGACAUCAGAAUCGUUUCCCGAUGGUAAAAACUUUGCCAGAGAAAAAUUUGGUGUUAUCAAAGAAAAUACAAUAUUAACAGUAAAUACAAACAAUGGUGAAAUAAUUAAUCAGUGGGGAAAUAAGACAGCAUCAAAAGUUACAUAA